GGGCAUGAAGAUGAAGUUUUUGUACUCGAGUCCCAUCCCUUUGAUCCAAGAGUAUUGUUUUCUGCAGGUCAUGAUGGCAAUGUCAUAGUGUGGGAUCUAGCCCGAGGAGUAAAAAUUCGAUCUUAUUUUAACAUGAUUGAAGGGCAAGGGCAUGGAGCUGUGUUUGACUGUAAAUGCUCUCCAGACGGUCAACACUUUGCUUGUACAGACUCGCAUGGUCAUCUGCUUAUUUUUGGCUUUGGUUCUAGUAGCAAAUAUGACAAGAUAGCAGAUCAAAUGUUCUUUCACAGUGAUUAUCGGCCUCUCAUUCGUGAUGCCAACAACUAUGUUCUGGAUGAACAAACACAACAAGCACCACACCUUAUGCCACCGCCAUUCUUGGUGGAUGUAGAUGGCAAUCCUCAUCCACUACGAUAUCAACGCUUAGUGCCUGGCCGUGAAAACUGCAGGGACGAAUAUCUCAUCCCCCAAAUGGGGGUUACCGCAUCAGGGCUGAACCAAGUCCUCAGUCAGCAAGCAGAUAAUGAAGUUAGUCCCUUAGACAGUCUUAUUCAGCGGCUUCAGCAGGAACAAGACCAGAGGAUAAAUGCAGUCACUGGGAACAUCAACAGUCGCAUGUCAAGAGCUUCAAUAAGCUCCAAUCCAGAAGUUCAUUCUCCACCUAAUAUUGGCUUAAGACGCAGUGGUCAGAUUGAAGGUGUUCGACAAAUGCACAGCAAUGCUCCACGCAGUGAGAUUGCAACUGAAAGGGAUCUAGUAGCUUGGAGUCGGAGAGUGGUGGUUCCUGAACUCUCUCCUGGAGUAGCCAGUAAACAGGAAGAAUGGAGGACGGCAAAAGGUCAAGAAGAAAUACAUCUCUACAAAGCAGAGGAGAAAAAGAAAAUAGUACCCAGUCAUAGUGUGAGUGUGAGAGAUAAUAAAGUAGCUUCUUGUUCAAAGAAUCAAACUCAUGAAUUGAUACUUGAACCUGGGGAUUCAAGAAAACCGCUAUCUAGCCAGCACAACUAUUGCACUAGAGCUGCAUUGGAAGAGCCAGCAGGGGCAGCAGAAGACCUGGAGAAUGAAAAUAGCUCAUCAGAUGAGGUAGAUGGUGAAAGUGAAGCAAUAGCGGCAAGCGGUGCUACAUCAGAUGAUGAAGAUAAACCAAAUUGGAACAGUGAGGGUAGCAGUUCAAGUGACUACUCUAGUGAUUAUUCAGACUGGACUGCAGAUGCUGGAAUCAAUCUACAACCACCAAAGAAGACCCCUAAAGUUAAAAACAAAAAAGUAGAGAGCAGCUCUGAAGAUGAAGAAGGGGCUGAAAAGUUUAAACAGAAGCAGAAUAAAAAGGAAAGAAAGAAGGGAACUGAGGAAAAGGACGGACCAUCUGCAUCACCAAAGAAAAAGAAGCCAAAAGAGAGGAAGCAAAAGCGUUUAGCAGUUGCAGCCCUUACUGAGCAAGGCUUAAACCUUGAUGAGUGGCUGCCUUCUGCGUGGAUUACUGACACCGUUCCAAGGAGAUGUCCUUUUGUUCCACAGAUGGGUGAUGAGGUAUACUAUUUUCGCCAGGGGCAUGAGGCCUAUGUAGAAAUGGCCAAAAAGAAUAAAAUUUAUCGGAUAAAUGCCAAGAAACAACCCUGGCAUAAAAUGGAGUUGAGGGAACAAGAACUUAUGAAGAUAGUUGGGAUAAAAUAUGAAGUUGGUUUACCAACUCUUUGUUGUCUUAAACUUGCUUUCCUUGACUCCGAUACUGGCAAACUGACUGGAGGAGCAUUUACAAUGAAGUACCACGACAUGCCAGAUGUAAUCGAUUUUUUAGUUCUUCGACUGCAGUUUGAUGAAGCCAGACGUAGGCAAUGGACCAUUGGAGACAGAUUUCGUUCAGUAAUUGAUGAUGCCUGGUGGUUUGGCACUAUAGAAAGUCAGGAGCCACUACAGUUGCAGUACCCAGACAGUCUAUUCCAGUGCUACAAUGUCUGUUGGGACAAUGGUGAUACAGAGAAGAUGAGCCCUUGGGAUAUGGAACUCAUACCCAACAAUGCUGUGUUUCCUGAGGAGCUGGGCACAAGUGUAACAUUGACAGAAAUUGAGGUCAGGUCGUUGCUCUACAGGACGCUGGAUGGAGAGUGGGGGUGUAGAAGAAGAGAAGAAGAAUGCGAGAGAAUCAUUGGUGGCAUCAACCAGCUGAUGACUUUAGAUAUUGCUUCUGCUUUUGUGGCUCCUGUAGACCUCCAAGCUUACCCAAUGUACAGCAUGGUUGUGGCAUAUCCAACCGACCUCAGUACAAUCAAACAGCGACUGGAAAACAGGUUCUACAGACGUCUGUCUUCGCUAAUGUGGGAAGUGCGCUAUAUAGAGCAUAACACUCGAACAUUUAAUGAACCUGAGAGUCCAAUCGUAAAAUCAGCCAAGUUUGUCACAGAUAUUUUAUUGGCUUUUAUAAAGGACCAGAGUUGCUAUGAUAUCAUUCCUCAGUACAACAUCAUGAAGAAGAAGCUAUUGUCAGACUCUGAAGAGGAAGAAGAGAAAGAUGCAGAUCUACCUGGGACAUCCACUAGAAAGAGAAAGCAAUACCAGCCAAGGAGAAAGUUGCGUACACGAGCCCAGUCAUAUGAUCUACAGUCUUGGAAGAUGCAAUGUCAGGAGCUGUUAAAUCUAAUGUUUCAAUGUGAAGACUCUGAGCCUUUUCGGCACCCAGUUGAUCUCAAUGAAUACUCGGAUUAUAGAGACAUUAUAGAUACACCUAUGGAUUUUGGGACAGUAAGAGAAAAACUUGAGGCUGGGACUUACGAGUCUCCUAUGGAUUUGUACAAGGAUGUGAAACUCAUUUUUAGUAAUUCAAAGGCUUACACACCAAGCAAAAGAUCAAAGAUCUAUAGCAUGAAUUUGCGCUUAUCUGCAUUCUUUGAGGAGCGUGUCAGCACAAUUUUAGCAGAUUAUAGUUCUGCCAUCAAAUUUCACCAGAGGAACACAAUGCCUAAACACAAGAAGAAAAGGAAUCGGAGCAGCUCUUCUAGCAGCAGUGCAGCAUCUAGUCCUGAAAGGAAAAGAAAAUAUGUGAAGCAUCAACCAAAGCAGGAGAACACAGCGACGCCUUUGGGAUCACCCACCCCGCGAUCAGCGGUUCAGAAGGUGCCGACUGCUCAAACAAAUGGCAAGGGAACAGAUUCAGGUCCCUUGGCACGCACAAGGAGUUAUAGGCGUCAUAUAGAGCCCAUUUCUGCUGAUCAACCAUCCACAUCUUCACCUAAACUCAUGACAACAAGACUGAAUAAUUCUGCAGCUCCAGGGAAAUCGGCAAUAGCUGAAAACUCAGUUAAACAUCUAAGAAAUCAGACUGUUGCAAAUAGUACAAGCCAGCCAGUGACUGCCAUCCAGCUUAGAAAGAACAAUGUGCCAAAAGAAAAUGUGGAAAAGGAGAAGCCUCUGAAACGCAAGAUGAAAAGGAUGACCAGUCAACCGCAAGUUGAAAGACAAGAUGAUAUAUUGCCAGUACGUGUGCAAGUUAAUGGGCACAGCAGCCAGGUCAAGAAGCCAGGCAUGAGGGGUCGCCCCCCUGGUCGCAAACCCAAGAUAGUUCUCAACAACACCACUAGCAACAGUGACCCAAAUAAAAAUGCUCAAGUGGUUCCCAAGAAAAGAGGGAGGAAGCCAAAAUAUCCCAGGAAUGAUGAUCAGCAGCAAAUCGUACCCCAAAUCACAUCUCCACCGGUUUCCCCAGUUAAAAAAGAAAAAGAGCAGCCAACUUCGAGUUGUAACUCUCAUUCUGAGAUGAACGAUAAGAAUGAGAAUGAGGUACCAAAAAAACGGAGGGGUAGAAAACCAAAAAUAAGAAUUGAGACUCCGGAGAAGGUUGCUCCUCCUUCUCCCCCACCUCCUCCACCCCCACAGUCGUCAUCAAAACAGACAGAGCCAGAAAAUGCCAAACAGGGAAAUGUCAAAAUACAAACAAGAAGUAAAUGUAAAAAGAUGGAGGAACCUAUGGAUGUAUCCAGAGAGACAGCUGAGGAUCUCGAACAAUCUGAAUCCCAGAUGAGAACUAGAAAUCAGGGCAGGAGAACUGCAUUUUAUAAUGAAGAUGAUUCUGAGGAGGAACAGAGACAACUGCUGUUUGAAGACACUUCUUUGACAUUUGGAACCUCAAGCAGAGGAAGGGUACGGAAACUGACAGAAAAAGCUAAAGCCAAUUUAAUAGGCUGGUAAAAAUGUACCCUAAGGCAGCUUUACUUAAGUACUUCUACUUUUGUGCUGCUAUAAAGAAUUGGAAACCCUUCCAGGGGAAGGGCAGAUUACUUUCAUGGGGGUAGUGUUUUAAAUGUUUGAUGUUUAUUGCCUAUGGAUUAGGUUUAAGCAUUUCAGUAUAUGUAGUCCUCCGAUUAACCAAGUCGAAAAAUUGGUGCAGGAAAAAAGAAUCUUUGAAAUGCAUUUUUUUGCAUAAGACUAAGAAAGCCUUUCACAUUAGAUAAUGUCUGACACAAGUGGGUACAUUAUACUAAAUGCAAAAAUGGCAUCUGUUUGGGAACUUUGGCUUUGGUAGCUAGCUGGGAAAUAACAGCAAGGACAAACAAGUUACCAAAUGUUAACCUCUGUUGGGGAAAAAUACCGAAUUGUAAUCCCAGGCUUUGUACAUUAUCUUUUACAUAGGCAGUGAAAUAUUCUAUAUAUACAUAUACCGGUAUAUAAUUAUAUAUACUUAUAUAUCCACAUUGGAAAACAUUUCAUUUAUGUCUAAUUUUUCAGACCUUGAUUCUAGUACCAAUCAAUAAUUCAGAUUAGUGUGCCAAAGACUGAGACUGAACGCAGUUAAAGCCUAUGAUUUCUGCCUGUCAGAAUAGCGCACAAUCUUUGUGUAUAUAAGACAUACAAAACAACUUGUACAUUGCUUUUGAGAUAUUGUAAGCUGUGCUCACUUAAUCCCAUUUUGGUACUUUUAAUAAUAAAAAGCAGUGGCAGGGUUGUUUUAAGAAACAUUUUAGAAUAUGUAAAAAAAAAAAAAAGUGACAUUUAAGUGAAAAAAAAAAUCUAUUUUUUUUCCCGAUCUUUUCUUUUUUAUCCAGCAAAUGUGAGGUUUGGAAGCACUGGUUAUUGCUAUUAUGUUGGUAUUUUUUUUUUUUUUAAAUCUGGUUUGUUAUGGACUCACUCUGGUGUGAUA